AUGUGCAUCUGCUGGAAAUUCAGCUUCAUAUUUGGCCAGGGGCAAGCUGAACGCCCGUCAAUAUCGUCGAAAGCAAAGAACAUGGCCGUGCGAAGUCGCUUCCUCAGCCAGACACGUGGCAGCAUGUUGCUGACGUUCUUGGUGACAGUUUCUCUCAUCCUGACGGAUGGGGUCGCGAGUGCAACUUCUGGUCCUACCGACGGAGAAAAGAUCCAAAGAUUGGCUACGAUGUUCCGCUACGCCAUGGACGGGGACAUUCUGAACUUUCAGGCGGGAUUCGCGGACGACGCACUGUACCAGUAUUCAGGUGGUCCAGGGCUACCUUAUACUGGCCCCUUCAAGGGUCAAGACAGCUGUGUGCGGGCCCUCGAGACUUACAGCACCCUGUUCAACUUCACCUUACGCUCUUUUGACAUUGCGAUCAGUCCCAGCUCCGGCAAAGCGAUCACCCAAGUUGAUGUGGGGCUUAAGGGUCUAGAAACAGGGGUGGUGGUUAAUGAAAACUGUUUUCUCUACAUUACUCUGAACGACAGUCUCCUGGUCACCGAGAUUGUUGAGAGCUGCAACUCGCUGGCUGAAUUUGUUGCCCUCCAGUCCAAGUCGUGUGCGAAGAAGAUUCAGGAGUGCGCAAACCAGCACGACCAAAUCGCUGAAUGAAGGACGCUCGUCCCGCAAGAGGGGACCAGGCCAGAAUCUCGCAUAGACGGUCGUAUAUUUGAAAAAAAUAGUACAAGAAGACUAGAUUUCACCGUUCUGGUAUCCUCGGGUAUAAAAAAAUCCUCAGAAGCAGGCAAUCGGCUGAUUACGAGAAGCAUGCAACGUGGCAAUGGAGACUUGAGCUAAAAGGCGUCAGAAGAUCUUGACCCGGGAAUAUCCAGUCUAUAUCCAUCUUGUCGGAUCCAAGGCGUCCUAUGAUAGUGGACUUUCAGAGCGCGUGUAUACCGUGAAGUUGGAAAUACUAAGCUCGACCCUGAAGCGCGCGGCUGAGAUCACUCACUGAACCUGAUUCGUAUAACCCGUACGGUUGAUCGUAUAACAAUCGGACGGGCUGCAAGGAGCCCGCGUCAGCUCGAGCGACUCAUGCUUGUAUAUCGCUUCGAUCGUCCAACUGUC